GCCCAUUGGUCCGUGCAAACAGCCGGGUACAGUACGUUACCGGACAGGUGCCUCAUCAGCCCCUCCUCCUGUGAGCAUUACGCCCCUCCUGUAAGGUGUGCCUGCCCUGAGCAGGACAGAUUGUCUCACCUGGCUCACCUUACAGCCGCUCAGACAUUAAUGGUGCGGGCGCCUGAACAUGGAGGCAGAGUAUCGGGGUCUGGGCCGCUGUGUGUGCAGUUUCUGGCUGGCUGUAGCCUUUGACAUUGUGGGCCUGACCGUGCUUCUCAUCGGGGUGUUUGUCAACGUGUUUUUCUAUGACUUGCUUAUCUACGCAGGCGCCAUCGUUAUCUUCCUCAGCCUCAUCUGGUGGGUGUUUUGGUACUCUGGGAACAUCGAGGUGUCCCCGGUGGAGCUGGAGGAUGACGUCGGUCUGCUGAAGAAGAAGGGCUCUGGGGGCGGCAUCGGCGGGGCGGUGAGGCGUCUCUCAAACCGCGUAUCCAAUGGAAUCAGGAGCUCUUUCCGCAGAAACGACGGAAGACCCUUCAGCAGCCGCGCAAGCCGCGCGCAGAGGUCAACUGCCGCGACACGGGGCUCCCCGCAGACUGGACAGGUGGACGUUGCCAUGGAGACGGUGGCCCCGCAGGAAAUCACUCCGCAAACUGCGGUUUCCCCCGUGGCGGGCUGCGAAGUAGAGAUGCCGCACACAUCUAUGGAGACUUCACCCACAUAACAGGUGGACAGGGAGACAUCUUCUUCAACACAGCCUUUUUUUGAAGUCAGCCCGACUUACAGAGCUCAGAGUCUUCAGUUUACUCAUGUGGAUGAUACUUAUUUGAGAACUGUCUAAGUUUCUAGAGAGAAAAUAUUCAUAUAUUUGAAAUCAGUAAAUAUUGACCUAAGCAAGAUUUUAGUAUUGACUUGGGAAUGUAUGCUUAUCUGAGCAACCUUUGAGGUUUUUAGUUUGUCAGUUUUCCUGCAUAGAUCAGGGUCCCUAUCUUCUAUUUAAAAAAAACACAGAUGAGAGUUAUAAAUUAAAUCUGUGAAUGGGACUUGUUGAACUGAAACCUGAAAGUUAAAAAGAAAUGAAACAGCUAAGAAAUGCAUAAGAUCUCUUUACUCAUUUUGUUCAAAGAAAUGUGUACUAUUUUGUAUGAAGUGAAUGACAUGCGUUUUUACUCUUGGUUUAUAGUGAACAUAUUGUGUUUAUUAAGAUGCUUGUGACCUCUGUAGAGUGGUCAGAAUUUAUUCUCGGUGUUUGAUUUAACUGACCCUCUCUGAUUAAAGAUAUUUUAAUAAAAAGACAAUGCACUUAAACAUUAGCAACUAUAACAUA